GGGAGAGCUACCUGAAUUAGAUAUAUGAUAUCCACAAUAAAAUAGUACCAACAGGUUUCUUCCAGCCCAUGAUAAACAUCCCACUGAAAUUCAUUAACCAUUAACUCUUAUCAAACUAUAAAACAUAAAAUAACUCAAAUAUUCUACAUUCUGUUAUAUAUAUUAAAGCCUUCUUCAUCCUUUUUAUUCAUAUAUGUUUCAUUACAUUAACAAUAUCAUACAUCAUUAUAUUCAAUUUUUUAUUAUGGAACUAGAGCAACCAUUGUUAGUAGAUAUCAUACAUAUGUUAGCUCAAAGUCAGAACAUUAAGGCCAAAAUUGAGGUUUCUGUACCUUUAUCUAAAACAAACAGCAUUUUAGAAACAUCUCAUGACUUUUGCUACCAUCCUGAGUCCUUUAAGAAACUUGUGGAAAUGGAUUUGCCUUGUAAUGAAUCUGUGGAGGAAAAACUUUCUUGGUUGCGGUCUCAAAUCGUAGGUAAUGAUGCGGAGUUUGAUUCUUCGUUUGGAAGACGAAAACUUGUUUAUGCUGAUCACACUGCUUCUGGCCGAAGUCUUCGUUACAAUGAAAAUUUCAUCAUCAAUCAUCUUCUUCCUUUCUAUGGUAAUACUCAUACUUGCGAUAGUUAUGUGGGAAGUAGGACAACAAAAAUGCUACACGAAGCGACUGAGUACAUUAAGAAAUGCUUAGGCGGUGGCGAAGAUGAUGCAAUCAUCUUUUGUGGCUCAGGCACAACUGCAGCCAUCAAGAGGCUUCAAGAAGUAAUGGGAAUUGCAGUGCCUUCUAUUUUAAGGGAAAGAAUGUUGAGGUUUCUUAGCAAAGAAGAAAGAUGGGUGGUUUUUGUAGGACCACAUGAGCAUCAUUCAAAUCUCCUUUCUUGGAGGCAGAGUUUGGCUGAGGUUGUAGAGAUUGGUCUAGAUGAUAAAGGGCUGCUCGACAUGGAAGCUCUAAAGCUACGACUUGAAGCCUAUAAAGAUACGAAUCGACCCUUGUUGGGAUCUUUCUCAGCUUGUAGUAAUGUCACGGGUAUCUAUUCAGAUACGCGUGAUAUUGCUAAGCUUUUUCACCGAUAUAAAGGCUAUGCAUGUUUUGAUUUUGCAGCAAGUGGUCCGUAUGUGGAGAUUGAUAUCAGAUCAGGGGAUAUCGAUGGAUAUGAUGCUGUGUUCCUUAGUCCACAUAAGUUUCUCGGUGGUCCUGACUCUCCAGGAGUGCUUUUGAUGAACAAGGCCUUAUAUCGGUUGGGAUCUUCGCCUCCAUCUACUUGUGGAGGCGGAACUGUCACUUAUGUUAAUGCCUUCAAUGAAAAGGACACAUUAUACAUGGAGAACAUAGAAGAUAGGGAAAAUGGGGGCACACCUCCAAUAAUCCAAAUAGUGAGAGCAGCAUUAGCAUUUUGGGUAAAAGAAUACAUUGGCUACAAAGAGAUUGAAAAAAGAGAACAACUAUACAUCAACAAAGCACUUAAAAGACUUGUCUCCAAUCCCAACAUUAAGAUUUUGGGAAACUUGAAUGCCAAGCGACAAGCUAUAUUGUCAUUUCUCGUAUAUUCUACCACCAAUUCUUGUUCGUCGACUGAACGAGGAAAUGUUAGUAGCCAAGAAAAUGAAGGAGAACUUAAUCUGUGGCAAGAAAUGGGGAACCAAAGAGGUAAACCACUUCAUGGCCCUUUUGUUGCAGCAUUGCUCAAUGACCUUUUUGGCAUUCAAGCUAGAGGUGGAUGUGCUUGUGCUGGACCUUAUGGACAUGACUUACUCAACAUCAAUAAAUCUCAAUCACUUGCUAUUAGAUCAUCAGUUCAAGAGGGGUAUAUUGGAGUGAAACCUGGAUGGACGCGAGUUAGUUUUCCUUAUUACAUGAGUGAAGAGGAUUUUGAGUACAUUCUAAGUGCAAUAGAGUUUGUAGCUGUAUAUGGCCAAAGGUUCUUUCCUCUAUACAGCUUCAAUUUAAGGAAUGGAAGUUGGAGAAUGAAGACAGAUAAAUUUGAGGCAUUAAACAAUGAAGACAAUUGCAAGAUUCCUAAUAAUUUAGUGGGAAGAAAUCUAGAAGAAGUAAACAUUGAUGUGGCCAAAUAUAUUGCUAGUAGUCUCCCUAAGUUCCCUCCUGAGGGUAUAUUGCAGGAAGGCAUGGAUCCAAAAAUUCUCUAUUUUAGAGUUUGAAUUUUGAUUGUGUUUUCAAUAUACUAAACAUUAUUUAUGAACAUACUUGAUACAUAUGAUUUUGUGUUAUUGUCUAUUUUGUUUGUAGUAUGAAUGAAAUCUACAUUUUUUUGACA